AUGCCAGGAGUGAAAAAACUACUUCAUAAAUUAACGAAAGAAUCUAAGGUAAAGCAACAUCAGACUCGCAAUUAUAACAGUAAUCCAUAUUUGGAAAAUCAAUACAGUACCAAUCUGACCUUUUUCAAUCAAGUUGGUGGUGACAAUAAUGACGCAGGAAAAUUUGAAGAUCGAGAAAUUCCAUCAAUUUGUUAUAUCCCACUGAAUAACCCUACACCUGUCAACUCUUCUAAUGCAGAUUUGGAAGAUGCAAGAAGUGGUCCUUCUUCAUCUUCGUCAUCUAUGUCCUGUGCCAACUCGUUUGUUUCAAAAUCACUGUUGAAAUGCUUAUCACCAUCUCACUCUUCAGGAUCUUCUUUUAAACGGUUUAAAUUACCAAAAGUUGUCAGGGACGAGGACGGGAGUUUUGUGAAAAUUGAAAAAUUGAAAUUCUCUAAACGGGGCACUUUGUUGAAUUACAAGACAAGACAACUGCUGCUGCUGCAGCAGUUGGGGUCGUCAAGAAUCUUGCUGAGAAAGUUGAAACUGGUUACAAGAAACAGACCGAGUGGACAGAGAGUUAGAAACAGACGAUUAAAAAGUAUGAUUCUAAAUGGGGUUGUCAAGGAAGAGGACGAGAAACUGCUUCAUGAUGAGGACAUCAACAAAGAGCAAGUAUUUAAAAAGGAAGGUGCCGCAUUGCCAUCAACUAAUUCAAGUUCUCUUCGAAAAGACACGAAAAUUGGAAAUCUCAAUAACCAUACAAAAGUUAUCUCAGAAGAAUCAACUUAUCAACCAAGCCGUGUUAAGCUACUUGAGGAAAAGCAACCAAAUGACGUAUUGGCAUCAUUAUCAUCUAUCUCAUCUUCUCCUUCGUUAAAAAGAUCAGCUUCAGCCAAAACAUUUGAAUCGAAAUUCACACCUAGUUUUAUUGCCAAUACUAUACCUUUGAUUUUGACAACCACAAGCACAUCUUCUACAAGUACAGCUGCAACCACAACAAUACUAACCACCACUGCUGCUACUGCUACCUUUUCUGCUACUGCUACUGCUACUGCUGCAGCCACUGCAACCAAUCCUACCGAUAUUUUCCACCACCACCACCAUCAUCAUCAUGAUCAGGCAACAAGUGAGAAAAAGUUGGUUUGUGUAGUUGAUUCAGGUGUUGAUAAUGUUGUAUCAUCCUCAGUUAGUGCACAUGCCUCGAUCGAGUUGACUGGUGAUGAAUUUGAUGAUAAACAGGUAAAGGAUAUCGGGACAAGCGAGUCUAAAGAUGAUAUAACAAGUUUGAUCAUCUUUGAUAAUGAGGAUGGUUUGAAAAAAACCAAUGAUGAUGAGGAAUCAAAGUGGAUUCUUGUAAAGCAAAAAUUCCAAAAGUAUUUUUAUAAGCUGCUGAAGAGACUCAAUAAACUGGGGGUGCUAGAGGAAGAUGAUCGAUUGGAAUCAACGCCACUGCUACCGCCACUACUACCACCACCACCACCACCAACAACUACAACAACAACAAUAACAACAACAACACUGUCUAUCCAACAAAGCUUGAGUAGUGAGACUCCUCUGAUUGGUAAAAAAGAUGAGUAUCCUGUGACUUCAAUAGCUAAUUCAACAACAUAUCCCCAUUUGCACCCGCAACCGCACUACCAUCAACAACAACAAACAGCAACUACUGCAGCAGUUCAACUCGCAACACCGCUUUCGGCACCACCUACGGUAUUACCCGUGACAAACACAACAACCAUGCUAACCAAUCCACUUAUCAAAAAGCCAUCAAGAACGUACCUGUUUUACUCCCAUGACAAUACCAAGUCACUGAAUAUUAAUCUUGUUGAAUAUAUACAGAAUUUAAAUCGACAAAAAAUGGAUGCAAAAAAUUUAGCCAUCAUGGGAAAUGGUAGCCCAAGUGGAUUAACUAUGAAUAGUUUUUCACAUAAUUAUAACGGAUAUGUAUAUACUAAAGCGACUGAACCGGGUAAGCAAGCUACCACUACCACUACCACUACCACCACCACCACUACUACAAGCAGUGGUGGUGAAUUUAAAGACCCCUCUUCAGGGGUGGUAUAUGGUGGUGAAUUUAAAGACUCAUCUCCAGGGGUGGUAUAUGGUGGUGGUGAAAGUUUUGGGUUAAGCAGGGCAAAUGUUUUAAGAAGAAGAAAUUAUAACCAUUAUAUGAGUAAUAAAAAUAAGAAUAAAUCAGAAGCCGAAGAUGAAGAAGAAAAAGCAAAGAUUAUUCAAGAGGACCUUCAUGCCUUUUUUAGUUAUUAUGAACAGCAACAGCAGCAAAGAGACUUGAAGAAUGUCAAAGGGGAAGCAAUUGAUGAUUUAACAGGAGCUUUAUAUUUUAUUGUUAAUGAUCCAGAGGAAAAGCGACCAAGCGGAUUUAUGAUUAGUCGCCACAGCAGUACUGGUGGAAAUGGUGUAGUGAAGAAAUUGCAAUUUUCAACUGAACAAGUUGUUUCAGUUUCUGAAAAGAAAGCUUUUGAUAACAACGAGAGUCACACUAACGAGGAAAAAGUAAUGACUGGUGCAUCUAAAGAACUGUUUCAACAACUGCAAUUAAAAUAUCACUACUUACAAUAUAAGAGUCGAGGAAAUCAUAUUUUCGCAACUCGCAAUUUGAAAAAUAAAAACCAAACAGUUGAAAAAGUGCAAUUAGAAGAUGUGCACACUAUUGAGCAGAGCGAGAUAGUGGAACACACUGACCUCUUACAUACAUUAGAUGAUGUGCAAUUAGAAGAUGUGCAAUUAAAAGAUUUGCAAUUAGAAGAUUUGCAAUUAAAAGAUUUGCAAUUAGAAGACGUAGCUGGUAUGGAAUUAAAAACAGCACAACAAGUGGAUAUGUCAAGUAGAAAGUACAAUUCUGAAGAAAUUAAUGUCAAAUCCGUUUCCAGUUUGGAAAAUGGAUCUAAACAAGAAAAAAUUCCUAAAAUCGAAUCUGAAGAGGAAUGUGAAAGCUCAAACGACGGAGAUGACGAACAAAGCGGUGGCGAAGAAGAAGAAGAAGAAGAAGAAGAAGAAGAAGAAGAUGAUGAUGAUGAGAGAAGUUUGGAUCUAAUAAAUUUUAGUCUCUCAUGA